GGGCAGCAGAUCCCAGCGCUGCUUGUUUCCAGCAGCAGAAGAAGCAAGCGGCGGGUCUGAGAGCUACAGCGGGAAUCAAACUUUCUGACCAUUUCUGGUCGAUAUCGGAUCUAUUCCUGCUGAUCAGCUGAACCACGGAGCGAACCGCGGCCUCCUGCUACAUCCACCGCCGAAGAUCCGCAGCGUGACCGCGGGCAGCGAAGAGCCUCUGCGGGGAGAGAUGUACCGCGGUCGGCCUCCACCGAGAGGAGGCUACCCACCGCCAUUCGAAGGCCGCGGCCCGCCGAGGCCUUACCCAGCACCGGGGUACCGGGACGACCGGAACCGGCCCAGGCCCCCCUACCACCCCGGCCACCACGACCACGGACCCCCGGACUCCCACCGCCGCUCCCCGCAGCGGAGGAGGUACCCUUCCCCGGGCCACGGCGGAGAGUACCGGGUCGGAGGGCCGCCGAGAGAGAGGUCUGUUUCUCCUCCAAUCCUCGACCACAACCUGGUCAUCACUGUGGGCAACGAGCUGACCACACCUGGAGGCUCCGUCCCCUCACACCACCACGACAGGGAUUAUCCUCCUCGACCCGAUUAUGAGCGGAGCCGGAGUAGGGGGCGGAAUCGGAGCAGGGGGCGGAGCCGACCUCGCAGCCAAGACCGCAGUCCGGGUCGCAGUCGGGCCAAGAGUCGGGGACGGAGCAAGAGCCGGCCCCGCAGCCAGAGCCGCAGUCCGGACCGGAACCGUGCCAAGAGCAGGGGGCGGAGCAAGAGCCGACCCCGCAGCAGGUCCAGGGGGAGGAGCCGUGGGAGGAGCUACAGCAAGGCGGAGAGCCACGGCCGCAGUAAGAGCCGGCAGAGGAGUCGCAGCCGAAGCCGCAGCAAAAGCCGCAGACGAAGCAGCAGCAGUAGCAGCUCCAGCGGCCGCAGCGGUGACCUCAAGAAAAGCAGCAAAGGCUUCAAGGAGCUGCAGAUGGCUCGACGGCGCAAAGAGCUGGAGGAGAUGCUGAGUCAGCCCACCAAGUCCAUCCUGAAGAAACGCAGCGAGGACUCACCGUCCCUCAGGAGCUGUGACACCAACAUGUCGCAUGUCGCCGAACAGCUGCUGCAGGCCGUUAAAACCACCGAUCCGCAGGCCAUGGCCUCCAUGCUGUCAGAACUGCGAUCCGACCCGGAGAUGUCCCGGCGUGCCGGACUGGAUGCCGAGAUCAAGGAGAUCCUCAGCCUGCUGGGCGUGGCGGGUCCAGCCGGCAAAACUCCGGAGAAGCUGGCGGACGACAUUGACGACGAGGAGAAGUUCCUGUACGGAGACUCGGAGGAACCGAAACCUCUGCUGGCGCCGGAGCCGGUCCGACACCACAGCCUGGACCUGUACGGGGAGGUGACGGAGGAGACGCUGUACGGAGACUACCCAUCACAGAAGGCUGCCGUCGGGCCGGCGUACGGUCGCCUUCCAGGAGCCUCCACGCUCCUUCAGGCCCCGCCCCCAACGGCCGAGGUAGAUGUGAGGUACCGACCCGCCCUCGGCCCAGACCAAAACGUCACCGUGCAGGUGUCCGAUCCCGCCUUCCCUCCAGGGACGGAGCCUCUGGAGGAGAGCGAGCGGCAGGCCCUGGAGGAGUACGAGAAGAUCCAGGACCUGCUGAAGACCAUCGGCCUGGAUCUGGGCGUGACCGAGAUCAGCAAGAUGGCGGCCAGGACCAAAGAGCGUCUCCACGGGAGCAAGCCGCCUCCCAAGACGCCGACACGCCGUCAUCGGUACUCGUCUGGCAGCUCGUCUGGCAGCCGCGGCCGCAGGAGGCGGAGCCACAGCUCCAGCAGCAGCAGCAGCAGGAGUCGCAGUGGUGGCUGGAGCAGCGACGACGACAACAGGAAGAGCUCGGCUCAGCCCAAAGCGCCCAAAGACGACGGCGACAGUCAGGCCGCUGCGCUGCCACCUCCAACCGCAGACCUCCCGCCCCCCCACCAGGGCAUUCCAAUCCCCACAUACCCCCCGUCACACGGCCUGAUGCCCCCCAACUUCCCCCCACCACCCUUCGGUCAGUACGCCAACUUCCUGCCCUACGUGCCCCAGCAGUGGCCCCCCAUGUACCCCCCUCCCAACAUGAAUCUGCCCCACCACGCCGCCGCCGACUUCCCCCCUGCCUCCCCCUUCAAACAGACCUACAGCACGGAGCCGGGGCCCGGGGCCACAGGUUCAGCUCCAGACGGACUGAAGGGAAGCAGUAAAUCCAGCAGAGUUUCUGAGGAGCAGAACAAUGAAAGCCAGAAACAAAAGGUUCUGGAGGAGAGGGAGAAGCUGAAGCAGGAGAGAGAGAUCCGCAUGAAGAAGAAGGAGUAUCUGAUGAAGGAGCUGGAGAGACUCCGGAAGCAGCAGGGUGAGCUGCUGAGGAAGAAGCGUCGGGAGAAGGACGGCCACAAAGACCCUCUGCUGCAGGAGAUCAGCCACCUGCAGGAGGAGGUCAUGGCUCAGAUCUCCAACCUACGGAAGGAGCACGAGGCCGCCGAGAAGAAACGCAACGAGAUCGACAAGGUGGCGCUCAUCCUCGGCGUGAGCCCAUCGGACCGGCCUCGCCGGCCCAGCAGACUGCCCGAAGAGGACCAGCCGUCGCCCAGGGUCAAACGGGAGGCGGAGAGGAGCCCCGAGCGGAGAGGAGACCCCAGCAGCUCCACCACGAAGCAGACCUCGGUGGCUCCGUUGCCAUCAGGAACGCCUCUGGACAAGCUUCCGCCCGCUGCCUUGGCUCCGCCCGCUGCCUUGGCUCCGCCCGCUGCCUUGGCUCCGCCCCCUGAACCAUUUGAAUACUAUGACGCUGGAAACCACUGGUGCAAAAACUGUAACGUCACCUCUGGUUCCAUGUUUGAUUUUUUCACGCACUUGCACAGCAAAACACAUCGAAAGACUCUGGACCCCUACGACCGACCCUGGGCCUCCACUCCCAACAAAAUCUCCAAGAGCGUGCCUUCAGAAGAGAAGCUGACCAAACCAGCCAAAGGUUCUGAGUUCCUGUUGCCAGUCAGAGGAUUCUUCUGCCUGCUGUGUCGAGAGUUUUAUGGAGACGCCAUCUGUGCAGAAGAACACGUCACGACACACGCUCACAAUGAAAAGUACAAGAAACAAAUGUAUGAGAACCCACUCUAUGAGCAGAGGAGGAACCUGGACCGCCAGGCUGGACUGGCCUCAGAGAUGAGCAUGAAGAAGCGCAAACAUGACGACGACGAGAAUGGUGGCAAAGAGGAAAAGUCCAAACACAAAAAGGAUAAAAAGGACAAGGAGAAAAAGAGGGAGGAGGACGACGGCACUCAGAAGGAGAAACCCAGGACCAAAAAGGAGGAAGUGGAGGACAGGAUGAAGAAAGAGGACACGACCCUGGAUGAGGACAAGCCUUACAGCAAGAAAGACGAGGAGGACAAGUAUAAAUACAGCAAGAAGGACGAAAAAUACCGCUACAGAGAGGAAGAUGAGAGGGGAAAAUACAGCAGGAGAGAUGGGGAUGAUGAGUAUAGGGGUGACAAAGAAGAAGAAUAUCGGUAUCGGCACCGCCGAUACAACGAUGACCGUUACGAUGGCCGACCCAAAUAUGGACCAAGAGACGGUGAGGACAGAAAUAAAUAUGGAAAACCUUAUGAUGCCAGAUUUAAAUACGACAGGCAGCAAGACGAAGGGAAGCCUAAGGCUGAGAGGGAGGGUUUUACAAAGCCAGAGCCGGAUACACCAGCAGGGAAACUGGAGGUCAGCAAGCCUGAACCCCCGCCGAAACCGUACGACCCUCCCAAAAUCUUCUGCGGACCCAGUCCAGCCAUGAGGGCAAAGCUCCGCAAGCAGAGCCUAGAAUCUGGAAAACCGGCACUGACACCGGCACCGACGACCACAACCACUUCGUUUGCAAAGUUCACCUGGAAAAAGAAGGAGAACCAGCUGGCAAAGGAGGCAGCGAAAGUCGCUGCUGAAUUCACCAAGGAGGAUGAAGCAGCUGCUAACGAGCAAGCAGCCACGGCAGAGGAUUCUUUUGCAAAGUCGAUGGCUGUCGCUAAGGAGAUCGCUCUAAAGCUGGGAGGCCAACCAAGCGGACCUCCUCCUUGGGCUCUGAACAGCGCCAACCGGGGACGGAUCCGGCCAAACCUCCCUGCACCUGCUUCAGUUCUUAGAAAAACAACCAUGGCUGGUAAGCCUGCACCUCUCAAUACUUUCCUCUCUAUUAGACCUCAAAAUAUGAGUUUUCCUGGUCCUCCUCCAAAAGAAGGUCCCGUCCUCCCUGAUCCCCUGACCAAGGCCCUAAAUGCUCAGGAUGCACUCUUAGAAAGGAAUACAGUUCCUCCAGUUGCUAAACCUGAGCCAUUUGGUGUUGGACCUCUACCAAAAGCAUCGAAACCUGCUCCGUCUGGGGUCCAACCUGCUCCACCUGGGGUCCAACCUGCUCCACCUGGGGUCCAGCGUGCUCCACCUGGGGUCCAGCGUGCUCCACCUGGGGUCCAGCGUGCUCCACCUGGGGUUCAGCGUGCUCCACCUGGGGUCCAACCUGCUCCACCUGGGGUCCAGCGUGCUCCAUCUGGGGUCCAGCGUGCUCCACUUGGGGUCCAACGUGCUCCACUUGGGGUCCAACGUGCUCCACUUGGGGUCCAACGUGCUCCACCUGGGGUCCAACCUGCUCCACCUGGAGUUCAACCUGCUCCACCUGGGGUUCAACCUGCUCCACCAGUUUCUAAACCAGUCACACUCAAAUCAAAGCCUACACCAUCCGAGUCUAAACUUGCGCAAUCGGUGUCAAGUCUUGAGCCAGUUAAAGGUCAUCCUGCUCCACCUGUUUCUAAACCUGCUACUCUCGAUUCUGCACUGUCUGAAGUUAAGCCUGUGCCAACCCAGGCUGCCACCGCACCACCUGCACCAUCCAAGGAUACGCCUGCACAACCAGCCAUGAUAAAGAUCGUGUCUGAUGUUGCAGCUCCCGGCGUCCCAGAGAGUGAGCAGACUCGUACGGUUUUCGUCAAGCCUCCACCCUUCAUGAACUUGAGUGAAGGAGCUCAGAAGUCAGAGAAACUUAAGAGUAAUCUGGCUGCAGCCAAAGCCCAGGAAUUAUUCGACAUCUUCUACAACAGCAUCGGCGACUCAGGCCCCUCCUCCUUCACCAAACCAGCAAAAGACUCUGGAGCUGACAGUAGUGCUGCUAAAAGUCCACUUCCAGACCCACAAGCACCAAAAGCACAAUCCCAACCACAACCUCAGCCUCUUACAGACUCCCAUCUUCAAGCUGAGGUCCAUACACCUCCACCAGACUCUAAAAAUGACCCACCAAGUCAACAAACCCAGACAGAAUCAAACAUUCAGAUUGCCUCUGUUUGGUCCCUACAACCAACCGCUGAUUCAGCACCUGCAGUGGCUCCACCCAAAACCUCUUCACAAACCACCCAACCAGAGCCGACUUCACCACCUCAGCCCGAGGCUAAGACUUCACAUCUCAACCGAUCCUCGACUCCUGUAUCACAGGCCCAAACCUCUCCACCAACCCAGUCUGCCAAUCAUGAACCUGCACCUCAAACUGAGUCUCGGUCUGAACCGGCUCCUCCAGUCCAAACACAGUCUGAACCCCGGCGGGACCAGGACACCGAGUCCCAGCCAGAGACCUGUCCUGACAUUGCUCCAGAGCUCGAAUCCAAAUCAGGCCCAAAAACUAGAGGCAAGAAAACCCCCCCUGCUCCCCGGGCAGCCCGACAAACCCGAUCCCAAACCAGGUACCAGACCCGGCAGCGGCGGCAGCAGCAGCAGCAGAAUCAGUCCGAACCAGAACCUGAGCUGGUUUCAGGGGACUUGGAUUCUGCAGGUGUAGACUCAAAGGGGUUGGACACGUCUGAUCAUGGCUCUGGAUCACACCUGGAGUCGGAGGCAGGAGCCCCAAGUGAGGAGGACCCUCAGAUGACGGAGAUCACCCCAGAAACCCUGGGCCUCCCCUCAGACAUGACCUCCCUGGACUUUGAGUAUGAUUUUAACUUUGAGUAGAAGCUGAGCAGACAGUGCGACGACAGUCUGGCUUCUUUUCUUUUCUUUUUUUAAAGUCACUUGUAUGUCAAAGAUGUUCAAAGAUACAUUUCCUGAGUAGUUUACUGUUUGAAGGUCCGGUUAGUUUAGUUUAGAUCCUGUUGUUCUCCAGAGUUUGUUUUUAGAUCCGUUUGAUGUCUGUGAACUGAAACUCUUCUCGGACCAGGACGGUUUCCCUGAAGCUCCCAAACCAGGACGAGGCUUUUGUUUCGAUGUAAAAUGAUGCUGUGAAUAAAAACGGUUGAAAGUCGAUUAUUAAACAAAGUUUUUCAAGCAGAAAAGUCAAACGUUCCUGUAGAGAGUUCCUGCUUAUGUUGAUGAAGUAUCUCUGAGAGAAAUUUAGAACAUCCUCAACGUCAUUGUUGUUUCUUGAUGUUGCUUGUCAAAUAAAACAGCGGCUGCUUCUUGUUUUGUCAGCUAAAGAAUGAA